AUGCUCAACCUUUACCCGAGGCUCGCGGCAAGCUCCCGCGCUGACGACACCGACGACAACGUCGGCUGGCAUCCCGCAUUCUACGGAAUCGCCGUCGUCUGCGUCGCCAUCUUCCUCUUCUGCGUGCUGGUUGCCACCGUCAGCGUCUGGAAGGCUUUCGCGUUCGCCGCCGCAGUUGGGUUGCUCCUCGUCGUCCUGGGCGUUUUCGCGCCCAGCUCAACGCGGGCUCGUCGGUUGACGGGGCGGCCGGCAAGUCCGGUCCUUGCUCUCACGGUCACGGCUAGAGGUCGGCCGCGAGCGGCCGGCCUUUGCGCGGGCUCCCCCGCCGACGUGCCGCCGGCCUUCGCGUACGUGUGCCCGCUGGAGGUAGGGGAGCAGGUGGUGGCGAGCUGCGUGAUGUGCCCGGUGUGCCUGGAGGACGUGCGCGGCGGCGAGAUGGUGCGGCAGCUGCCGUUGUGCAGGCACGUCUUCCACGUGAAGUGCAUCGACAUGUGGCUGCACUCGCACCGGACGUGCCCAACCUGCCGGUGCAUGAUCUCGCCGUCGCCGGCGGGGACAUCGAAACCCUCGGAGCCGGAAGAGGGGCCUGAGUCGUCGGUUGAGGCAUUGCCACCGGUGUAG